AUGGACGACAGCGAGUGGGCCAGUGAGCCCAUUGCCAUCAUUGGCAUGAGCUGCAAGUUCUCCGGUGGUGCCAGUAACCCAGACAAGCUCUGGGAUCUGUUAGUUUCGGGACAGACUGGUUGGAGCGAGAUACCAGAAGACCGGUUCAAUCUAAAAGGAAUCUACCACCCUAACAAUGAGAGGGUCAGCACGACACACGUCAAGGGGGGCCACUUUCUUGACGGCGAUAUAGCAUGUUUCGAUGCGGCGUUCUUCAACUACUCGGGAGAAACAGCACAGGCGCUAGAUCCACAAUUCCGGAUGCAACUCGAGUCGACAUUCGAGGCGUUAGAAAAUGCCGGCCUUACGCUGCAGCAGGUGGCCGGAUCACAGACAUCCGUUUUUGCUGGCGUGUUCACGCACGAAUACCACGAGGGUCUGUCGCGCGAUGAGGACCAGCCGCCGCGGUUCAUGCCAAUAGGCACGUGGAACCCAAUGUCGUCGAACCGCAUCUCGCACGUCUUCGACUUGCGCGGUGCCAGCAUGACGCUGGAGACUGGCUGCUCAACCACGCUGGUGGCACUGCAUCAAGCCGUGCAGACCCUGCGUAACCGUGAGGCCGACAUGUCCGUGGUGACCGGCGUCAACUUAAUGAUAGGCCCGGACCCGUUUAAGACCAUCGGCUCACUCGGCAUGCUGUCGCCGGACGGCAGAUCAUUCGCAUUCGAUAAUCGCGCCAAUGGCUACGGCCGUGGCGAAGGCGUCGCCACCGUUGUGAUUAAGCGACUGUCGGAUGCGCUGGCCGCUAACGACCCCAUCCGCGCCAUCAUCCGUGAGACGGCGCUGAACCAAGACGGCAAAACAGAGACCAUUACGACGCCGUCAGGCUCCGCCCAGGAAGAGCUUAUGCGCGAAUGUUACCGGCGUGCCGGUCUUGAUCCGCGCGGCACACAGUAUUUUGAGGCGCACGGCACAGGCACACAGGCCGGUGAUCCCAUUGAGGCACGAGCCAUGGCUAAUGUGUUCAGCGGCGUCGACGAAAACGGCGACGGUGGCCGUGACGAGGCGCAUUACCUGCGUAUCGGCUCGGUCAAGACUAACGUGGGUCACACCGAGGCGGCUUCUGGUUUAGCGGCCAUAAUCAAGGGUGUUUUGUGCUUGGAAAAAGGUCUGAUCCCCGCCAGCGUCAACUAUGAGACGCCCAACCCAAAGGUCAAGCUAGACGAGUGGCGCCUCAAGGUUGCAACGGCACUAGAGCCGUGGCCCGAGAGCCUCGUUGACGGCCCGAACCGUCUGUCGGUCAACAACUUUGGCUAUGGCGGCAGCAACGCGCAUGUCAUUAUGGAGAGCGCCGAACCGUGGAUUUCCACGCCGACCAUGGCUUUCCCGCUCAAAGGUCAUAGCACCAGUAAUGGAAAUGGCACUAGCAACGGACAUGCGAAUGGCAAUGGCCAUGUAAAUGGAAACGGGAGCAGUAACGGCAGCGGCCCUCACAAAACAUCUGACAGCAAAGUGUUGAUUCUCAGCGCUCGCGACGAGCGCGGCUGCCAGAAUAUGGUGGAGGACAUGAAGAGUUAUUUAGAGAAGCACAAGUCUCUCGAUUUUGAGGCUGCCGAUGCGCUGCUGCGCGAUCUCACCUACACGCUGACCGAGCGCCGCACGAUCUUUCCGUGGGUGGCAGCCCACCAAGUGCAUCUCGAAGCAGGUGCAGACCAUCCUCUCGAAACAGUCAUUGAGGCGUUCGACUCGCCGCGCUUUAAACCCAGCCGCGUUCCCACCAACCAACCGCGCAUCGGCAUGGUCUUCACGGGUCAGGGUGCGCAGUGGAACGCCAUGGGCCGUGAGCUGCUGGCAGAAUACCCAGUCUUCUGGCAGUCUAUCGACGAGGCCGAUACGCACCUACGCGAUAUUGGCGCCACCUGGUCGCUGCUGGAGGAGCUACAGCGCGACCCUAAGACUACGAAAGUGCACUCGACAUCGAUUAGUAUACCCGUCUGCGUGGGGGUGCAAAUCGCGCUAGUGCGCCUGCUCAAAUCAUGGAACAUCACGCCGGCAGCUGUCACUAGUCACUCGUCGGGCGAGAUCGCAGCGGCCUACGCCGUCGGCGCGCUAACCUUCCGCCAGGCUAUGGCAACAGCUUACUACCGCGCCGUGCUGGCGGCCGACGACUCGCUGCGGGUGACCGGAGCGCCUAAGGGCGGCAUGGCGGCCGUGGGUCUAGGUGCAGAGGAGGCGCAGGAGUACCUUGACAGAGUGGCCGACGUGGGCCAAGUCGUUAUCGCGUGCGUUAAUAGCCCGGAAAGCGUCACUGUCUCAGGUGAUGCCGAUGCUGUUGUAGCCGUCGAGGCGAUGUGCAAGGAGGAUGGCGUGUUCGCGCGCAAGCUUAAGAUCGAGCAGGCGUACCACUCGCACCAUAUGGACCCGCUGGCAGACGCAUACCGUGAGCUCCUACGCAAGGAGAUGGCGAGGACGGUCACAAAACAGUCGAAUGUGGAAGAGGAAGAAGAGGAGCUCAAGGUCAUCUUUUCGUCAGCCGUCACCGGCGGUCGGAUUACUGACGCCAAGGUGAUCGCCGAUCCUGACCACUGGGUGGGUAGUCUAGUGCAGCCGGUGCUGUUCGUGGAUGCCUUCACGGAGAUGGUGAUUGGCGAAACAGACGAUGCGAGCGGUCGUAACAUCGACGUGGUGCUCGAGGUUGGCCCACACACGGCGCUGGGAGGGCCUAUCCGCGAGAUCAUGUCGCUGGUCGAGUUCGACGGUAUCGAGCUACCCUAUUGGGGAUGUCUAGUGCGUAACGAGCACGCUGGCAAUACUAUGCGCGCUGCAGCCAUAAAUCUGCUGCGCGAGGGUGUGCCGCUCGCGAUGAGCGAGAUCAACUUUCCGAAAGCAUUAUCCGAGCACUUGUAUCUUUACGAGGACGACCUGCCUCGCGUGCUAACUGACCUACCCACCUACCCCUGGAACCAUUCGAUGAGGCACUGGCAAGAGUCACGCGUCAACCGCGCCAUCCGGGAGCGCAGCCAGCCGCCUCAUGACCUGCUAGGAAUGCCGGUUGCCGGGAACGAUCCGGCCACGGCCACCUGGCGUCGCAAUCUGCGCGUCACCGAGGUGCCCUGGAUACGCGACCAUAUGGUGCAGGGCAGCAUUGUGUACCCUGGCUCCGGUUAUGUGUGCCUAGCCAUCGAGGCCGCCAACCAGCUGGCGAAGGCUGAAGACAAUCAGAGCAAUAUCUCAGGCUUCCGCCUGCGCGACGUCGAAUUUAUGGCGGCACUCGUGAUCCCUGACACCGCCGAGGGCGUUGAGAUCCGCACCACGCUCCGGCCCGUGCCUGAGCGGGAGCUGGGCUUGCGUGGGUGGCGGAGAUUUGAGGUAUCGACAGUCACGCCCGAGAACCGGUGGACGCUGCACGCCUGGGGUCUGAUCACUGUUGACGUGGAGGAGAAAUUGGAUGGAGAGAAAGUCCCAACGCAGACACAGCCAAAGAACAUCCAGACCGGCCUCCGUCCUCUGUCUGCCUACACGCGCCACAAGGACCCGCGCGACAUGUUUGCCAAUCUACGGGCACGCGGCGUGUAUCAUGGCCCGCUAUUCCAGAACACAACUAAGAUCGUGCAGGAUGGCCGGGAGCCGCGGUCAGUAUGCGACGUCACGAUCCGUUACGAGUCAGCAACCGACACAGACCCGGUGGCUGCCGCACAGAAUAGCGUGUUGCACCCUAUCACACUAGAUGCUGUGGUGGUGUCGUUUUUCUCGGCACUGCCUGCCGUCGGCGGGAUGGCUGAGGACCCCAAGCUGCCCCGGUCGAUUCAGGCUAUGUGGGUCUCGAGCGAUAUCAGCCGCGAAGUCGGCCACACUUUACGCUGUGAUACAUUAAUCUCACACGACGACACCCAGAGUGGUAAAGCCGAUGUCACCGUUGUUGAUAGCCAGACGGGCACGAAGGUUCUCGAGCUCCAAGGACUUGCCAGUGUCUUCCUGGGGCGCGGCAGCGGCGCCUCAGCGCGUCAGGACGCGGCUAACAAGGGGAGAGGAAGAGCACAGAUCAAGAAGGAGCUGGAGCUGACUGUUGGGGUUCCCGAGGCCGCCAUCGCCAAUCUUUCCCGCGCGGUGUUCUACUUCGCCCAGGAGGCGCUGAAGUCGCUCACCCCCGACGAUGUGGAAGACGGCCAGCCGCACCUCGUCAAGUACUAUACAUGGCUCACGCAACUAGUCACCCAGGGCGACAGCCAGGAAUGGGCGCUAGACGGCCCGGAAGAACGCCAAAAGCACCUAGCCGCCGUAGCGUCGCAGAGUGUCGACGGCGAGCUGAUCAGCCGUCUUGGCCCCCUCAUUGGGUCUAUCCUUCGCGGUGAGAGCAAUCCGUUAGUUGCCAUGAUUGAGGAUGGGUUGCUGCACAAGUACUAUGCCCACUCUGUGCGUCUGGCACCGUCGCUCACACAGCUGUCGAUGCUGGUGCGUAAAGUGGCCCACAAGAAUCCGGCUGCGCGCGUUCUGCAAGUCGGCGCCGGCACUGGUGCUGCUGCCACUCGGCGUAUUCUUGAAGCGCUUGGUACGCCUAAGGUCCCUCUAGUAGCCAGCUGGCACAUCACCGAGCCUUCGGCAGAUGUCUUGGAAGAUGCCCAAGCUGAACUAGCUGAUUGGGCCGACCUGCUUGAGUUCAGCCAGUUCGACGUUGACAGCGACCCAUCCAGGCAGAAGUUUACAACUGAGAGCUACGACAUCAUCGUGUUCUACCAGUCUCUACGCACAGCCAAUGAUGUAUCUGGCACCCUGUCCCAUGUGCGCAGCCUUCUAAAGCCCGGCGGCACGCUACUGCUAGCAGAGACGACCCAGCAUCAAAGUCAAGACGAUGUCUCGUUUAUAUUUGGCUUGCUGCCUACCGAAACACCGUCUCUUUUGGCGUCUUCCUGGGAUGGCGUGCUUCGCGAAGCCGGUUUUAGUGGAGCUGACCUUGCCAUCGGCGACACCACAACCACCAUCUUAUCCACUCUGCCACUCGUCGAUCACCAGAAGCCGGACCUGAGCCGCGCCAGCAAUCCUGGCGGCUUUGCCGUGGUGACUAGUAACAAGACACCCUCACCGGCUGGUCUGGUCGAUCUGCUGUCUCAGCGCAUCCAGGAUUUGACUAAAACUGCUGUCGAACAUCUCGUGCUAGAAGAAAGCAGCCUCGACGCGUAUGCAGCCAAGGUCUGCAUUUUUGUCAGCGAAAUCGACGAGCCGACCAUACUGACCAGUCUUGACGCCGGGCGUAUUGAAGGCCUCCGCGCCAUGAUCACGCAGUGUGGCGGCCUUCUCUGGAUCACUACCGGCGGCGCCGUCGACAGCGAGCAGCCAGAACAUGCGCUUGCCCAGGGAUUCCUACGCGUCCUCCGCAACGAGUACGUUGGCAGGCGCUACCUCUACUUGGACCUGGACCCACGCGCCGAGCAAACCACUGAGGACGUCGUCUCGGCCAUUACGCAAGUUCUCCAAGAAGGCUUCGGCCAUGUAGAUGACAUCCUGACCACCGAGACCGGCCCGGCCGAGUUCGAGUAUGCCCAGCGAAACGGCGUUCUACUUGUCCCACGUAUCUAUAAGGAUGAGGAGCACAAUGAUAUGGUCACCGGCCCGCUCACAGCAAUCUGGGGUGACGUUGAUGCCGCAGCUGGCAUCCCCUUGGAACGCCUAUUCCAAAGGAACCGGGCACUGCGGCUGGAGGUCGGUAUCCCGGGGCACCUGGACACUCUGGCCUUCGUGGAUGACGACGAGGAAAGCACAGAUAAGAGUCUGGCACCUGACAGCGUUGAAAUCACGCCGCGGGCCUUUGGCCUUAGUUCGCGCGAUGUCAUGGUUGGCUUAGGCCAGCUCAAAGACCGUGCCAUGGGUCUCGAGUGUGCUGGCGUUGUCUCCCGUGUUGGCAGUGAGGCUCAGUCAAAGGGCGGCUACAAUGUCGGCGAUCGUGUCAUGGCCCUCCUGCCUGGAGAUGGCAGCGCUUCUAUCCGUAGCACUAUUACCGUCGCCUGGAAUGGUAGCAUCGCCAAAGUACCCAGCAACAUCACCAGCUUUGAAGAUGCCGCAUCCCUGCCACUAGCUUUCACCAUUGCCUACGCCGGCCUCGUUGAUGCUACCCGUCUGGCACCAGGACAGUCUGUGCUCAUUCAUGCUGCAGCUGGAGCUAUCGGGCAAUCCGCCAUCAUGUUGGCGAAAUAUCUUGGGGUGACAGAGAUCUUCGCCACUGCUGGGUCUCCGGAGAAGCGCGGCCUCAUCAGCAGCAAGUACGAUAUCCCUAGUCACCGUAUUUUCAGCAGCCGCGAUACCUCGUUUGGCCCCGCCGUCCUAGCUGCCACAGGCGGACGCGGUGUCGAUGCCGUGCUUAACUCGCUGCCCGGUCCGCUGUUGCAGGCCAGUCUCGACGCUCUCGCGCCUCUCGGUCAUUUGGUUGAGGUCGGCAAGCGUGAUAUCGAAGCCAACGGCCUGCUUGCAAUGGCAUCUUUCUCUCGCGGUAUUUCGAUGACAUCGCUAGACAUUCCAAUGCUUGUACAACGGCGAGGCGCCGAUGUCCACCGUGUGCUCACCGAAGUCGCCAAGCUUAUCGAACAGCAGGCCCUCAACCUGGUCCAGCCCAUCACGGUCCACCCUCUGCAAAAUGUCCAGGCUGCGUUUAAGUUUAUACAAACCGGCGCACAUACCGGUAAAGUUGUCCUCUCAGCAGGGCCAGAUGAGCAAGCUCCAGUGGUCCCGCGAUCAAAUCACGUCGCAGCCGCUGCCCGCGUCCGACUCAGUCCCGAUGCCUCAUACCUCAUCGUCGGCGGUGUCGGCGGUAUCGGCCGCUCCAUCGCGCACUGGCUGGUAGCCCACGGCGCCAAGAACUUGAUUCUGCUGUCGCGUAGUGCUGGCAAUAUCGAUUUGCCAGAAAGCGAAAAGACCGACGGCGCUCUGUUCGUGCGCGAGCUACGCGAGUCUGCUGGCUGCCGCGUUAAACCUGUCAGCUGUGACAUUUCUCUGGCUAGCGAGCUAGUGAAAGCACUGCGCGCCUGUGCUGACGACGGAUUCCCGCCUGUGCGCGGCGUUGUUCAGGGUGCCAUGCUGCUACGCGAUGCCAUCUUCGAGCAGAUGACGCUAUCUGACUGGCAUAGUGGUCUGCGGCCCAAGGUCGACGGAACCUGGAACCUACACACCGAAUUUGCGGCACCGGGCUCGCUGGACUUCUUCGUCAUGUUGUCAUCCGUCUCGGGCGUGUUGGGCAUUGCCUCACAAACUAACUACGCCGCUGGAGGAACCUAUGAAGAUGCCAUGGCGCACUGGCGCCAGUCCAAGGGACUGCCAGGCGUCUCUAUCGACCUGGGCCCUAUUUCCGAUGUUGGCUACGUUGCUGAAACCGCAAAGGUGUCUGAGCGUCUACGUAGGUCUGGCGACUACGUCAUGCUAGACGAGGCCACCGUUCUGCGUGCGCUCGGCGCCGCUGUGGCUCGUCCCCUCGGUGGCCGCCGCCAGAUCAUUAUCGGCCUCAACACAGCGGCAGGACCACAGUGGGACUCUCACGGUGGCUCACAGCUCGGUCGCGAUGCUCGCUAUGUGCACCUAAAGCGCCAAUCUAAGGUGUCGCGUGCGGCACCGGCAGGUGAAGGAGAAUCCGGUGCCGGAGUUUCACUCUCUGCGCAGCUGGCUGAUGUUGGCUCGCGUGAUGACGCUGCCCGGCUCAUUAGCACUGCCAUCGCCGCGAAGUUGGCUGAUAUUUUCAUGAUCGACGUGGCCGAGAUUGAUAUUAGCAAGACGCCAGCUAGCUACGGCGUUGACUCGCUCAUCGCCGUCGAGUUACGCAACAUGCUGGUCCUACAGGCCGCCGCCGAUGUCUCCAUCUUCAAUAUCCUGCAGAGCGCUUCCCUCGCUGCUCUGGCUGCCGAUGUGGCAGCAAAGAGCCGCCACGUCGAAGCCACUGCUUAG